AUAUUAUGUUAUGUCAUUAUUUGUUUUGUAUCUAGAAUAUUCUGCUAUAAAAAUAGUGUGUUGAUAUAACUGUGAAAAUCAGCACUUGUACCUAGUGCAUGCAAUGUCUAGGUUACCUAGGCUGUAUCUCACUACAGCUGAAGAACGAAAAUGGGAGAGAAAACUUGAAGAACAGAGCCACAGGUAUUCCGAGGAACAAAAAAUUACGGCAGCUACUUUCGAGCAUGUCGAUGAACCUCAGCCGACUGGUUGUUUCAAAGUGGAUGAUGCUAGAGCAUUGGUGAUUAAUACAGUUAUGAAAGCAACAGAAAGAAGAGAGUUUCAAAAGGAUGCGGUAUUUUAAAGACUAAAUUAUAUGAGGGUGGAUCAGUCAAACAAGGUACAGCUGUACCUGGAUGCUUUGACAUUGACCUGGUGCUUUUCUCUAAAGAUUUGAAAUCGAUAGAUUGCAUUAAAAACAAAGGCUAUCCUGAGACACUUGAAAAAGUUGACGAGUAUUUCGAGAAACAAUUCCAAGAAAAGUAUCACUGUGAAGAUAAACAAGGAGUAACAGUGAAGUUCACAUACAAAUUGACUGAUGAUCGUAAAAUCACAGUGAAGCUAAGCUUCUCCUGCUACUGGGACCCUGGUAAGCCUGAAGAGCUUUUUGAUAUGCUUGAAACAAUCGACUCACAUGAGAUAAGAGAACUGUUCAUUCCUGGUACAUUCAAAAUGCAGUCUGACUUUAUUAAGUGUGUGGACCCUGAAAAUCACCCUAGAGGAAAUCAUAGGACCUGCCAAAACAUACAUCAUCUGAUUAAAAGGGCAAAAAAGUGGAGAAACAAACAAGAUUGGACAGUCCACACUGAACAUGGAGAUCUACAUGGCGAGCCUGGCUCCUAUCUCAUUUCCUUGCUAGUGAUCACAGCACACUUUCAUGUCGAAGAGAAGUUCGGGGAAUACGGGUCCAAAACACAGCAUUUUAGGCAGUAUACAGCCAGAGUGACUGAUGAAUUCAAGAGAAUUGUUAAGCAGAUAGGAGAAAAAGAAGACUUUGGUCCAGUGCCUUUCAAAGCUAAAGACUCUGGGCUAAAGAUGAUCCGAGAGAAGUACUCUCACCUCCUUCCUGCUCCGUGGUGGCUGAUUGACCCGGCCAAUCCUGCCAACAAUGUGUACAUCAGUGGCAUGUCUGGUUGGAGGAAGGACAAAGGAUGGCAGGAAUUUGCUAUGAAGGUGGACAACAUUGACCUCACCAUAGACGUCCAGCAGCAGUAGACACUUUACAAAAUGCUGCUAUACAUAAUAAUUAUAGGAUAUUCCAACAGCUGCAUGCAUAUUUGUAACCUUAGCUAUAUACUUACGCAUGCAUCAGUGUUUGUAUAAUUAUGGACCAGUGCAUGCAACCGUGUAUAUAUUAUCUAUAUGCUUCGGUGCGCAUGCGUAAGCGAGGUAUACGGUUGUGUGUGUCUGUGCAGAGUGCUACAGCUGCUCAAGGAUCAAUAAGUGCAAGUAAGAGUUUCUAGUCACAUUUUCUUCGAGUCAAUAAUGCUUUGUUCUCGAGUUAUGCCUAGUUUUGCUUACUUAAUUGGAAUGCCAUUGCAUGCAGUCUUUUCAGAAGAGCACAUAGCCAAACUUGUUUACCGAGUGUUGCUACUCUACUUAGGAACCUAUAGCUAUUGGUAGCUUCGAGAGUGAGAAAAGAGCUGCAAGGCUCUGCAGUGCUGAUUGACAGCCAUUGGCAUCAAUCGUUUUUAACAACAAUCAUGGUUGAUCAUUACCCACUUUUUGAGUUUGCAUGCAAAUUGAAAAAAUGUUCAGUAAUCUACAGUACACCAGUAAUAAAUAUGCAAGCCAUGCACCCGACUAGAUACCAUUACCACUACAUAGUUAUAUAUUGCUCUAGGUAUCACUGUAAGCGUUGAGUACAGCUACCCAUUACCGCAACGCCCCUUGAAGGGUGAGCCGGACCAUGACUGAGGGCUGUUAAUAUGAUUAGGAAGCCCCUCUAAUUAAUUAGAGGAGUGUAACCUCGCUAAUUAGGUAAUGAUUAAGCGUUUCUAAUAAUUAUGUUGCUCCCCUAAUUAAGUACUUGGGGGUAAAGAGGUGGCCUAGCCAACCACGGCUCAGUCAUGUCGUAACGACAGAGAAGUGUAUAGAAACCAAGGGAGGGUUGGGUGUGGGGCUUUAACUCAGGAAGCUAUAAUCAAGCAUGAGGUGUAGAGAUAAUCAAGCUAUAAUCAAGCACAUGCGCGUAUAGAUGCUGGGCAGUAUACAUAAUGCAGUAGGCGAGGCAAGCGGAUUAACCUUGUUUAACUACCUUAAACUUCAUUUAUGACUUGUGUAUAACAGCAUAUGUUAUGUAGCUUUGGCAUCUCCACCAAGGCAUCAGCACCCCUGCGGUGCUUAUAAUACCGUAUAUAGCGGGUAAUUUUCGUGGGCAAGCUGACUUCCACGAAGUUUUAAUGCAGGCGUGGGGUAUCGGAACGUACAAAUGCUGUGCAGGCAAUGAGACUAAACGAAAUUUUUACUCACAAAAAUCACCGUUUUCCCCGAAAAUCUCGCUAUACGGUAGUCAUUUCUUGGAUAAUAUUUUCGUGAUUGCUGUUGCAAAGGUGCAUAUAAACACUGUAGGCAAGGUCACUUCGUUCGUGGGUAAAAUAUUCGUGGUCAGACCUUCAACCACAAAAACCACAAAAAUUACCCUAUAGUAUAUUAUUACUGCACACAGGAAACUGAUUAUUUUCAAGAAUAUACAGAUUCACUCUAAAACCUGAUAAUUAUACACAGACUACAAUAAUUACUAUUACAGAGAACCUUCUAGAAUCUUGGAAUCUAUAUGAAACUACUUAAUUUGAUAUAAAAGAGUUUAAAAUUGGGGAGCAGUCUUCCAGACAGGAAUUAUAACUUCAAGAUGGCCUACUUUAGGCAACCUACACAUGCUGAGGCUGAAGCAUGCAGCCGUUAAGGAGUUGGUGUCUACUCUACAGCUUAAUUUGUCAAGCUAUACUCCUCCAAAAAUUAGAGUGAGUGAGAUCGUAAAAGCUGGCUCUAUGACAUGGAACAAUUGUGCCUGGAAGCUUUGACAUUGACCUGGUGCUCUACUCUCACGAUGUGAGCGGAGAUACCAUCAUAACUGACGGAUAUGACCAACACAUACGACGGCUAAAAGCUUUCAUUAGCAAUCGACAGGUGUUUGGAGCAGGGGUCAUUACAGAGCCCAACAUAACAAGAUAUGCUGUGCAGUUCAAGUACAAGAGCUACAUCGACGUGGAUCUCUUGAUCAGUCCAGUUUGGUGGAGUGAUUAUCCAAACGAUCCGACAAUGUUUUUUCAGUUCCUUCAAGAUAGUGUGCCAAGACACAACCUGGAAGUCAUGCACAGAUUUAGUGUGAACGCUUCCAAGUGGCAAGUGGAGUUUAUGAGAAAAAAGAUCAGAAGGUCAAGGUGUACAUAGUCCGGGCUAAAGCAUGGAGGAAUUGCCUAUUGCCUAAAAGUAGAGUAGGACGAAGAAGCCCUAGUUCCUUUCUAAUAUCCUUGUUGGUGCUUCGAGCCUAUGAAAACCAGCAGUCGAGCCAAACUUAUGGCUACCGUGGACACAAUGAAGCUAGAAGUACCACUGAAGAGUUGAAGAAACUUGUUCGGAAUCAUAGCAGAAUGGAUAUCUAUUGGGAAGACUACUACAAAGCUAGAGACUACCCCACCCUCUUUCCCUCGUCCACUCCACGCCUGGUCGACCCGGCCAAUCCAGCUAACAAUGUCUACCUGUCUGGCAUUGGUACGUACCCACCCAACAAAAGGCCAAGUGAAAACAAGCAGGACUGGAGUCAGUUUGUGGACAAAGUGGAAUACUUUGACCUUGAGAAGAGUGUGGAGGAGAUCACACGUUAAGACCGUUCAAGAGAGCUGACUAACUUUAGUAACUUAAACAGACAAUUAAGACUAUAUUAUAGCAGCACACAAUAUUAUAGUGUAGUAGUGUAUUAUUAUAGUAACUUGUUUCGCUGAUGGCUUAUGGCUGCAUGAUUAUUAAAUUUGUUUGCUGA